GGAGAUAAUAGGUUAAACAUCAUGAAGGUUUUUGCGACUGUUGCGGUAGUGGUUGUGGUGUUAGUGGUGUGUUGCACGGGUCAGACGUACACAGAAGAAGAGCGAGAAAGGAUCAGAAAAAACCGAGAAGAUUGCAUUACAGAAACCAAGGUAGACCCCAACCUCAUCACCAGAGCAGACGCUGGUGAUUUCGUCGAUGAUGACAAAUUAAAAUGCUUCACCAAGUGCUUCUACCAGAAGGCAGGUUUUGUUACUGAAGACGGAGAACUUCUACUGGAUGUUAUUAAGGCCAAAAUCCCAGCUAGCGUAGAUAAAGAAAGGGCGGUCAAAGUCGUGGAAAACUGCAAGCAAACUGGAAAGGAUGCUUGUGAGACUGUGUAUUUGAUACAUAAAUGUUACUUUGAAUAUACGCAACGUAAUAACCUGAAUAAGACCCCAGAAAAUGCUGAAACGGCGACAGAGGCUCAGACAGAGGCAAAGACCGAAGCUCAAAAGGAAAGCACCACGAAAAGCAAGGCUUAAAUAUAGUUUAUAAGAAAGUUGUACGCUUCUUAGUACUUAUAAGAGAUUUUCUUCAUGUGAAUUUACCAAAAUACAUACAUACAUGUACUAAGUGUGAAAAAUCCCAACACCUGGUUAUAGUAACAAUAUUUUUAAUUUAUUCAACCUACUAGUGACCACUGAGAGAAAACAAUCAAUAUGAUCCUACCAUUUAAUUAAGUCAACAUAUUAUUAAAAGAAAAUUAUUUCAGAUUAAUGUUUUUAUUGUGUAAUAGCGGUUAGUACUAGAAGGAAUGUUUGUAAAAAUACUUACUAUACUAGUUACUAUUAUCAUGUAUUUUUUGCAUAUGGUAUAUUUACAUUCUACGUGAAAAAUACAUAUAUCAUUAAGAAAAUAAUGAACGGAAAGUAAUAACGUACAUAUAAAAAUAUUGCAACUUCACUGGACUUAACAGUUUAGAUAGUGCAUAUGUUUUUUGUAAAUGAAUAACAUGAGGGCAAAGCUUUUUCUACUAGAGUGUCUAAUGUAUGUAUUUAUUUUAUUUUAAGAAUAAAUUUACGAAGAUGUUACCAAAAA